AUGGAAGAAAGCAAACACGGAACUGAAUACGCAAGCGAAACAUCAUGCAACCAAGAGUUACUCAUGGAUAAUAUUUUAUAUACCUUUCAGUACAGGCUAUGGAAAGACUAUAACUGGUGCAGUCGGCAUGCCAGGAAGGGUGCCGUCAGAGUCCCCAUAAUCCCCGUCCGCCCAGUAGAGACGCGUGCUAAUACGCAGAAUAGAAGCUUUUCUCGUAACUGCACAGCAACACUUCCACUCCACCGAUGA